AUGUUAAAUAGUAAAAUUUAUUUAUCACCUAAUACAACUAAAAAUACAAACUCUUCAUAAUUAGUUUCUUAAAUUUAUGGAAGUUAAAGUAAGUAAACUUGUAAAAUUAUAUAGAUUCUAGUACUAGAGCAUAUAUAGAAGAGAUUAGAUUUAGGCAUUCAUAAUUGUAAAUAAAUGAUUAGUAUUCUUUGAAAAAAGAAGUUUAUGAGGAAAAACUAAAUUAGAUUGAUGAAAAGUUUUAGAAUGCUUAUAAAAAUGAUAUUCAGAGAAUUACAUCAUUAUAAAAUCAGUUGAAUAAGAUAGGUGAGAUGUUAACAAAUGAAUAAAAUAUUAGAAAUGUAUUUAAAUAAAAUUUAUUGAUAGAAUAAUAAUGAUAAUUUUAGAAAGAAAGAUUUAAAAUAAUUAGAAUCACAUGUUAAGAAUGAAUUAAUGAAAGACAAAAUAAAGAGAACAGAUAAUUAAGUAAAAAUUACUAAGUAGAUUGAUGUAUAAUCACAUAAAAUAAAAAUGCAAUUAUUAAGAUAAAGAUAAUACAGAUAAGAAACUGAGACAUAGUACUCAAAUGAUAUUAAAAAUAAAAUAGAUGAAUUAAGAGAGAAUGUUGAUAAUGAAAGAAGAGAAAGGUAAGGAACUUAUAUAUUUAAAGAGAUGUGUAUUGUUAGAAUAUUAUAGGUAGAAUAGGAGAAUAAGUACUAUCAGUUUAAGAAACAAUAAAUAUGGAGAAAUAAUAAAGGUAAGAAUCACAGAAUCAGAUGUAAAUGAUGAUUUAAGAAAUAACAAAUAUUUUAUCAUUGUAAUUAGCUGAAGAAAAAUAAUAAAGAGAGGAAACAGAGAGAACAAUUAUUAGAUUAAUUAAUGAAACUUGUAAUAGAGUAGAGAAUUCAAUAAAAAAAUGA